AGGAACCAAGCUGAGGAGCGACGAACAACCAACGGAAAAGUGGGUCAUUUUUGACAGACGACGGUCAGCGGCGCCAUGGAGCUAUCAUGACGCCUUCAUCUGCUUGAGCGAGGCUGGCGUCUCGACAUUGAUGAAAUCUCUGUCUUUGUUUAAGUAUUGCUUCUUUGUUACAUUGAAUGUCUGUGGUCGCCGGGAAGGGAAGACAGGGACUCUGAAGCCUGAAGUGGACAGGGGCAUCCCGGCCUCUGUUUAUGUUUAUGUUUAUGUUAUGUGCGUGCCUGUUGAGAAGGAAGGCGCGGGGCCUACCGCCUACAAGUCAAGCAAACCGAACAACCGAGUCAAAAAGAUUAAAAAAAAGAAAGAAAUAGGAGAAUAUACAUGGUCGCCGGUGGCGGUUGACUCCGUCUGCUCAACCCGUUCGACGAGGGAUGGGCAUGCGUCCUGGUGGAGGGUCCGCAAGCACAAUCGCGAAACUUCAUGUAAAAAAGAGGCGGAGGGAGAAAGACAGUAUAACAAGGCGGCUUUCUGCUGUUGGUGGCUGGUGAGGGGAAGUUAGUUCUCGGUUUUUCCUUUAUCUUUGGCUUCCCCCGCAUCGAUCCUCUGCCAUCUUUUUUCCGUCUCCGUAUCUUUCAGACAGUCCCCAUGGCUUCUCCCCUCCCCUUCUGCGCAAGCCGUUGACUUUCUUAAAAGGGGCGGGUGUUGGUCUGUUUGCGGUCCUGAUGCGACAACCCUUCUCAUGCACGCUGCAGGCACCAUUUCCCUGCCAGUUUUGGCUUGCUUCUGCUCCGGUGAUGACUGCUCAAUUGAAGUGCCUCCAUCGGCCGUAAUUCCUUUUUUACCCUGCCUUCGUGGAGCUCCAUCUUCCUUGCGGGGAGGAUGCAUGAUAAGCAUCUACGAUACCGGCCACUAACAAUUCUGCUCCGGCAAUUCCAGCUGCUUGUCUUCCCCACCCGUCGUCCUCCAAGGUCAUCUGAUUAUGGAUCUUUAGAUUCUGUUCUAGUGUAAGUGAAAGAACAAUUCUCUGUUGACUGAGCAAUUCUCCUAUGGAAGAUAAUGAUACACGUACUUAUCGCCCAAAGGUGCACGGGAUUAUGUGUGGGGAACUAAAAAGAAUUGUGGACAGGGUCAUCCUGGUUCUUCCAAGACUGGAAUCUGCAAGGCCCGGAUUCAUGUCUGGAAUACAGAGCUUGUGCUCUUUAAACCUCGAAAUUGAGAAGGCCAAAUCACUUAUUCAAUAUUGUUCUGAAUCAAGCAAGUUGUAUAUGGCUAUAACAGGGGAAUCAAUCAAGAGAAGAUGUGAAAUUAUACGGAUGUCUCUCUGUCGACAUCUGGUUCAAGUUCAGAAUAUGGUUCCUAUUGGCUUAGCCUCUCAGAUAUCUGAAAUUGUAAAUGAUCUCAAGGAGGUGAAGUUUAUGUUAGAACUGUCAGAAGAGGAGGCUGGCAAGGCAAUUGUAGCAGUGCUUCUGCAGGAUACAUCUACAAGUAAUGCAACAGAAAUUUCUGAGAUGGAAGUGUUUCAAACUGCUGCUCUCAAAUUGCACAUUCUGUCUCCUAAGGCAAGAUUAAUAGAGAGAAGAUGUCUUAAGAAGCUCCUCGAUAAAUACCGUGGUAGUGACCAGAAGAAGGAGAACAUUAUACUUUUUCUCUUACACCUAUUGAAGAAGCAUGGAAGGUUUGUGAAAGAUCAGCACCAAGAAAGUGCUGAUGAUCAAAGUAAAGAGUUGUCCACCACCUGCGAUUGUUUAUAUGAUAGGUGUAGAUACAAAGGAGAUGGUACCUUUCAUGCAGUCUCCUGCGAAGAGUUUAAGAAUCAUGUCCAAUGCAUGCCCCCAGCUCCUGAUAAAUUUAGAUGUCCACUUUCUUUAGAAAUUAUGCAUGAUCCUGUAGUCAUUGCUUCUGGUCAAACGUAUGAAAGAGCAUGGAUACAAAAGUGGUUCGCUGAGGGCCAUGACAUAUGUCCGAAGACAGGGAGGAAGUUGCCUCAUCUUUCAGUGACUCCAAAUGAUUGUCUGAAAGACUUAAUCUCUAGUUGGUAUGUUAAACAUGGGAUCCCUAAGGAAGAGGAAAGGAUAAGACUGACACCCUCUACAUCAUGCCAUUGGGAUGGGUCCUGCUCAAGCUCAGCUUCUAGUAUAGACAUUUCCUUGGAAAUGCCAAACUUUCUAGCAAAGAAGAAGACCUCAAGACCCACUGAUGAAGUUGAUCUCAGCCACAUAUCAAUUGGCUCUUCAUGCAGCAGUUUCUGUUCAGAUUCAUCAUCCAACUUGAGCUUUACUACUUUGAACUACAAUUCAUUCAAGUCAUCAUCUUUAGGAAGUCACAGGCAUGGACUUCUAAUCAAGCUGUCUUCCCCACCAUUGGACUCUCAACACAAAGCUGCAGCAGAUAUUAAAUUUUUACUGGAGGAACAUCAUGAUGUUUGUAACUCCAUGUUACAUAAUGGUUACCUUGAAGCCUUGUUGAGUUUCAUAAAAAGUGCAUCUGAACUGUCUGAUCUAAAGUCGCAAUGUAUAGGAGCACAGGUGCUUUUUUCUUUUGUGAAGAAAAGCAGAACCAAGGUGCCAUUCUUGUCAAAUGAUGUAUGUGACGUCCUUGUCCUUCUUCUGGAUUCUGGAGUUGUACAAGAAGUUUUAUCUAUCCUGCAAAUUUUAUCUGAUGACAACUAUUGGAAGUCCCAAUUGAUUGCAUCUAAGGUAGUUCCUUCUGUUGUCAAAAUUUUUGAAUCUCAGACUGGCGAAUGUUUGGCAUCCGCAAUUAAAGUCCUGUAUAAUCUGUCCCCUCUUAGUGAAGCCCAAUCUUAUUUGAUAGCUUCAAGAUGCAUCUCCAAACUGGCUCCACUUCUGAGUGAUGCAAAACUUGCUGGAGAUAUUAUAGGAAUUUUGCACAAUCUUGUUUUCACUGAAGUAGGCAGGGCUCAAAUUGCUGAGACCUCAGGUUGCAUAAGUUCUGUGGCUGAGCUGCUUGAAGAUAGCUGUACAGAAAACCAAGAACAUGCUGUGGCCGUACUCCUUUCUUUGUGCUCUCAUGAUACUGGUCAUUGUGACUUGGUCUUAAGGGAGGGUAUAAUCCCUUCUCUUGUUACGGUCUCUGUUACUGGAAAUAAAAAUGGCAAGGAAGGUGCCCUCAAAUUGCUCAAGUAUCUGAGGGACUUGAGACACAUCUAUUCUGAGGAAGGCAGGCCACAUUAUAUGAAUGUUCGGUGUGAAAUGCCAAUGCGUCAAGAAUCCUUGCCCCAAGAAAGGAAGCCAGUGAUCAAGUCUUCCAAUUUUUUUUGCAAGAAAAUUGGCAGGUCCUCAAAGCCAGAGUCAGCAACACUAAGAUGAGAAGUUUCGUGAGAGCAAUGAUUCAUCCAGUUAUCAAAUCUACAGCAGCUUCUGGUGAAUCUUAGUGAGUGCAAGGGAGGUUUCAGUUCAGGGAACAAUUCAAAUAUGAGAAUUAGGGGUUGCAUAAUACUAGGUCAUGGUGAAGCAUCUGCAAAAUGAUCACAGUGCGAAGUACAGAAUUUGCCUUUGUGAAGCAGCAUAGUUUAACCAGAAGCAUGAGGAGGAGGGAGGUGUAUAACAAUUACUGGGUCUCUUUUUGUAAAAUAUAGCGUGUUUGUCUAUAUGUGUCUGAAAGAAUGGUGUGUAUAGCAUUAAUGCUAAAAGCCUUCUCUGCUGUCGUUUGGUUGUAUUUGUUCUCAGUGUCUCUGUUCUUUAUUUUUUGUUGAAAAUGGAGGCAUUUGUGUUCGCAAGGGCUUGUAGUGCAUCUUAGAAUGCCGCCCAUCCCACCAUAGGCCAUAGUUCAUUCGUUUAUUGUGUAUACUGAGUAUGGAUACUUCAGAAGUGGUAAUUUCUUUUCAACU